AUGACUUCACCACAGCAAGAUAACACUGCCCCGGAGCUUAAGCUUGACGUCAAGUCAAAUGAGCCUAACCAAUAUGAGGCUUCCAUUGAGCCCUCUGAGUCGGCCAUAACGGAAGUUCGACUGGGAUGGCGUACCUGGACUGUCGUUUUCAUCUCUGCUUACCUGGCACUAUUCAUGCAGAUUUUCACUACUGUGGCUGCUCCUUCCACCAUCGCUUUCAUCGUACAAGAUAUCGGAGACCAGCCAAUGUCUGCAUGGGUGUUACAGGCGCCAUUGCUGGUUCAAGCCGUGCUAAAUCCAAUCAUCGGCCGACUUUCUGACGUUCUGGAUCGCAAGAUGCUUGUAGCCAUUUCACCACUCAUCGCCUUUGCUGGGUCUGUCAUGUCCGCAAAAGCUAAUAACAUGAACAUGCUGAUUGCUGGCGGUGUUCUCUACGGAGUCACGCUUGCAACCAUCGGAGUUGUCGGAACAAUCCCCGCAGAGAUUUUGCCUCUGAAAUAUCGAACGGUAGCGAGUGGUAUUACAUUCCUCGGAGGCGCCAGUGGUGGACUCGCAGCUGGACUUGUUGCUGGUGCGUUCUGCAGGACCCCGGGCGGAUGGCGCAACAUGUUCUGGGUGCAGGCAGCGCUACAGAUUCUGGUUUCAGCAGCUUUCUUCAUCUUUUACUGGCCGCCAAAGUCAAACAGAGAGUUCCCAAAAAUGAGACUCUCUCAAAUUAUAUGGGCCUGCGAUCCAAUCGGUUCGACUUUGUACAUUGGGGGAGCUACGUCCGUUCUGAUGGCACUCAAUUGGGCCUCUGGACUCUAUCCAUGGUCAAACACACAUGUUGCAGUACCUCUCGCCCUUGGCUUAGGUUGUCUCGUCCUGUUUGGUGUCUACGAAUGGAAAGGUAGAAAUGACGGCAUCAUGGCGCACGUCUUCUUCCAGUCCGGCCGGAAUUUCGCACUUGCACUCUUCGCGACCAUGGUUGAGGGCUGGAUGUACUACAGUGCGGUCAACACAAUCUCGAACCAGAUGAUAUUCUACCUGGGCUGGGAAACAGAUCCAUUCAUUAUUGGAGUACGACAAAUGGCCUACAGCGGUCCCACUCUCAUAGCGUCUCUUGUCGUCAUCUGGUACUCGACCAAAUACAAAGACGUCAAGGGCCCGCUCGUUGUCUGCUUCACUCUUUUCCUCAUCACAGCUUGUGUCUUCGCCGCAACCAAGCCUGAAUGGAAUUACGUCCAGCUCGGCUUGAGUGCAAUAGCUGGCGUCGGACAAGCGGGACCACUGUUCCUACUGACAGCCGUCGUCCAGUACGCUGCACCCCACGCUUAUCUCUCUACCGCAACAGGAGUCACAUACUCAAUCCGUGCCAUCGGAGGCGCCAUCGGGUCCGCGGUGCUGUACACCAUUGCUUUUGGCCAUGUGGGAUCCCACUAUGGCGCCGAUGUGGCUCAAGCGGCGAUUGGAGCAGGAUUGUCGCCCGAGAAUGUUCCAAUCCUCUUAAGCAUCAUGGCCAAUGGCAACGGUCCCCCGACUGAACAGGCACUUGCUGGUGUACUGUCACAGGCGCUGCCAUCUGCUUCAUUGCCAGUCAUUCAGGCCGCCCGAAAAGCAGGACAGAAAGUCUUUGCGAAAGCGUUCGGACUAGCUUGGGCUAGCAUCAUUCCAAUUGCUUUCAUAUCCAUUGUUUGCUGUGCACUACUCCGAGGGGUGAGCAAAUUGAUGACGGAGAAAGUUGAAGCGCCUUUGGAGAAGCGGGAACAAGAUGUGGAGGUCAAGAUGUCGUCUGUAGCUUAA